GACCACCCUCGCCAUUACAGUGCCUCAAGGUGUUGGACGUCUUCAAGGGCGUAUGUCCAGACGAGAAGGUGGGCGGUCUCAGCAACUUCCAGUUCACAUCGCGCUCGAGAGAGGACGGCAUCACUUCCUUCCAAUUCCGCAGGGACUUCGAUACGAGGGAUGAGGGAGAUAUUCUCGUCAGCGACACGGAGGGCGCCUACAUCAUCUGGGCCAUCGGUAAGCUGGACAAGGACCUGAAGCCCACCUUCCACCGGCUCUACCCCAAACACAACAUCAAGAUCAACUUCAACCGCAAGCCGGAGGAGCUCAACUGCCAGGCCUUCACAUCUGUACAGCACCCCAAACGGAAGCCGUGGGGGCCGUUCCACUUUUCGGACAUCAACAUCCAGAAGAUCACGGCCCGGCUGGGACCCUCGGGCGGCAUGAGGGGAUUCACGGGAACGACAGGUCAGCUGUCAAGUAGCCUGGCCUGGUAUCUACACGGGUAUCUGGUGCCCGAGAUCUACCUGAAGCGGGGCCAGACCUACAAGUUUCUGGUGGAAGGAGGAAAGAACCCGGCAGAUCCCGAGUUCUACCAUCCGUUCAUUAUCACAGAUGACCCGGUGGGCGGCUACGGCCAGCUGGACGAGGAGGCGCGCCGGGAGAUCCGCGUGCUCGCCGGCGUGGAGUUCACCAGACGGGGGAAACCCCAGCCCACUGCAGCGGGUCGGCUCUGCGUGUGGAAACACCAGGACACGGGCGACCGGCGGCUGGACGACGACUUCAGCGACUUCAAGCGGUUCCGCAACUCUCUGCGGCUGCACUGCGAGGGCGGCGAGGCGGCCGUACUCGAGGUGACGCCCAACAACACGUGGCCGGCCACCGUCUACUACCACAGCUACAGCCGACCGCACAUGGGCUGGCAGCUGCACAUCGUCGACGAGCUGCCCGUGCUGGUGGGGGCGGCGGCGCCGGGAGCGGCGGCAGCCGCCGCGCUCACCCUGGCCGCCCUCCUGGCUCUUGCCAUUGGAGCGUAGGAAGCGGAGGGGUAGACAUGUAGAUGGCUGUUGAUUUGGGAGGGAGGUAGAGACAAAAAGACGAAGGAGACAUGACGCAGGCGCUAAAUUAGUGCCUUUUGUAAAUACCACUCUGCGUUUCAAAGAAUGUUGAUUUGUUUUACGCUGGUGGCUUUCCUGGGAUGAAUCAUUAGGGAGUGUAAUGGAUCGCGAAAACCCGAUAAUGUGUUUUGAUAAAUUUAUGGUUUACAACGUCUUUUUAAGAUUCGCAAUCGCAAGGUAGUCGUUCGAUAUCAGACUUUGUGUCGAACUUCCGCUGUCUUUUUGUUUCUGACGGCCCGUGAGGACUGAUACACAAACACUGUUCCGAUCCUGUCUGGGAGGCGCAGACACCGUUCCGGUCCUGUCUGGGAGGCACAGACACCGUCCUGACGGCUGUCUGGGAACCAGGUCGAGCCCACGUUUCGAUUCGGUGCUGCGGUUGUGCGUUCCGGCCGAUCGCCAGGGACUCUUCUCGUUUGUGCGCGCUGAUCCGACGCGCCGACGCCGGUCUUCUGUGAUUGUUGAGUGCGCUGAACUCGUGGUCUUUGCGCUCAGCCUGUUUGGGGCGCAGCGGUGCGGCGCAGUGCGACACAGGGAGGUAACGCGACGGUGCGGCAGCUGGGUAAACGAGGCCGUUGCUAACCGUCACUUUUAUGGUUGUGUUAGAUGCUGAGCCACGAGAUUUUAUGGUUCGAAUGGGGCGCGGUCGUCUAUUUUAUUAGCUUUGAGUCGUAGGCAUGUAAGUCGUGAUUAAAUUUAAGAAGGCUCUUGACGGUUUGUCAACGAAUAGAUAUACAUUUUACAACAAAAUA